AGCCCAACUAAGUUUCACACUCACCCAGCCCUCACUCGUAUCCAUUCUUCCAUCGCCGGAAACAAUGUCGAAGUGGUGGCGCACCGCCGUGGUUAGCCUGAGAAAAACAAGAUCAUACCACACCAUCCAAGCCAUUCCAAGAGAAAUAACCGGUAACAGAGUCUCCGUAAAAGAUAGAGCCCAAGGCCGUAUACCCGCAGUUGUAUUCGCACAGCCUAACCCUAACGCCGCCGCCGACGGCUCGGUGAGGUCGGUUGCCAGAAAGCAUCUAUUAACUACCGAGAGAAAACAGAUUCAGUCCAUUCUUAACUCCAUUGAGCUUCCCUAUCUUUGCUCUACUACUUUUCCUUUGCAGAUCAGAGCCGGAUCGGGUUCUUCUACGUUACUUGAAUCCGGAAACGUUCUUCCGAUUAAGGUGCAUAGGGACCCAGAGACCGGAAAGCUUCUGAAUUUGGUGUUUGUUUGGGCGGAUGAAGGAACAAAACUGAAGGUUGAUGUACCGGUUGUGUUUAAAGGUGAAGAUGUUUGCCCUGGGAUCAAGAAAGGUGGCCUGCUGAACAAGAUACGACCUAGUUUGAAGUACAACUGCCCAUCUGAGCAUAUUCCUCAGAAGAUUGAAAUCGACAUUAGCAAUUUGGACAUCGGAGAUAAGGUGUUCAUGCGUGAUGUCACGGUCCAUCCAUCUUUGGAGCUUCUAAGCAAAAAUGAAUCGUUGCCUGUUUGCAAGAUCGUUGCAGCUAAGCUAGAUAGCACACAAUAGACGACAGUAUCAAACCGCACUCUUCCAGAAACUCAAAAGCCGUCACCAUCCCGGGGGUUUUAAAAGGUAGUUCCUUGUAAUUUUGCCUUGUCAUGAGAUAUUUUGUGCAAUAAGCUUUGAGUAUGUGCUCUAACAAGCAAUAUGAUAGCUGUCGGUAGAGGACAAUUUUUUAGGUUGCAGGAUUUGAAAUUAAUGUAUACGCCUCACAAUCAUGAAUUGUUUGGUUUGGGUGACUUUUGUUUGCUUGAUUUUCAUUU